AUGUCCGAUUCCAACACCAUCAGUCGCGACCCCCUUCCUACCCCCGCUCCUGCGUCCACACGCCCUCCAGCUAGUACAGGGCCAUGGCGUUCAGCUUCUGUCGCUGGUCGUAGUUCAUCCCCUGCUCCUGGACAACCCUCUUCGUUCAGAGACCAGUUUGACCACCCCCAAUCUCAUUCUCACUCGGGUAUGACUCCCUUACGAGCCAACAGUUCUGGAGCUUUCUCUACUGACAGGCACACUAGAGCACAGCCAAACAACCUAUCCUCGAAUCAGUCUGGCAUCUGGGCAAGUCCCACAAAGCGAGCAACACUUACAAGUGGUACAUCUGUAUCUUCAGCAGCCGCUAUCCCUACUUCUGACCGACACAACGGCAGCUCAAGUGAUUUCCAGUACCAGGCCUCGUCAGCCUCGCCUGUUCUUGGUGCUUUCAGCUCAUUUUCAAGGUCUUCGUCUGCUUCUGUAUCCGGAUCCUCUUCUUCGUCUUCCCCUUUUUAUAACUCAACCGCUUCAGCAGUCCCGACAAUAAUGACUGAGCACAGCCUAGGCGCUCGUACUCUGUCCACGCCAUCCUUGACAACUCCGCAAAAGCAACCCCUGAACAUGGAAGAUCUGGCAAAGUUCGCAUUUUCCAAGGAGACCAAAGAACAGUUUGCUACACUGCAACUGACGCCUGCCUUGACUCCAACUACUUUGGCAGACAAGGAGAGACGCACCCCGAUGGGCUCCUUUGUUGCACCCAACAUUAAAGUACAGCGCACUGCAAGUCUGAACCAAAAUGCACAUUCUUCCUUGCUUCCGAAAGGACUCUAUACUACGAUAGCACAGCAGGGUAUGCCAGACAAGGCUCCUCCCUUCAUAGUUGAGCUGUUUGCGCGCUACUUUAACUGGAUAGAAAAACCGCACAAGAUGGAGAAUAGCGCAAACUACCACUUAUUCAAGGAUGGAAUCAAGCCCAUGUGGGAAGAUCCCGCUAAUGCUAAUGGAGGUCGAUGGAUUGUUACGCUUUUAAACAAGAAUGCAGAGCUCCUGGAUCGUUGCUGGAUGGAAAUGGCUUAUGCAUUGGUUGGAGAGCAGCUAGAUGCAGGGGACGAUAUUUGCGGUGCAGUCCUCUCGCGUAGGAUAAAAGCAGAUAGAUUGGCAGUAUGGGUGAGAGAUAAGGAGAAUGUUGAGGCUAUCAAUGGCAUAGGCAAGCGGCUGAUUCAAAUUCUUGAUCUCGCCAAGGAGAGAAUCACAUUAGAGUUUCAGAUUACGACUGAUACUCGAUCAUCUGGACCACCUAAGAACUACAUUACUUUGGAUGCGAUUAGAAAAGCUCUUGCUCAAGAGGCGCCGCAAACUGCACUAGCAGCGUCCGAGCCUCAUUCAUCAUCAGGAGUCGAUUCAACGCCCAGCCUCUCUGUCGACUCUGUGUCAGCUACACCGGCAUCAAUUGCCACACCAUCUCCGAUCACACCAACAUCUGGAAAUCCAGAAGGCGAAAACUCAAAGAGCGGAGUCAACAACAAGGAGAGCUCUUCUACCCUUCACACAACCGGUCUGCUCAUUUCAGUUGAAGGAGAGAAUACCAUGUUUUAG